AUGAAAGCAGAAUGUGAAUCGGAAUUAAAUAUAUAUUUGUUGUCAAUUUUAAACGAACUCAUUAAUGAAAAAAGAAAUAAACAAAAUUUAAUUGACCAAAUAAUAAAAAAUCAAAAAGGUGUUGCCAGUCAAUCAAAAUGGUGCAAGAAGUGCAAUACAACCAAUAUUAAUAAUAGAAAAUGUAUUUGCCCUAAAUGUAAUGAAAAAUUAGAUACGUUAGCCACGUUACAAGCGGAAUCAAAUAAUGAGUUCAUUCAAGCUAGUAAUACAACUUCCCAAUUAAAACCUAUUAUAAUAAAAUCUAAUCCUCUUAUUCGCGAGCAAAAUAUUUCACCUUUUGAACGCAUUA